AUGCUGCGGAAUCUCCUCUGGCAGACUCUGAGCGUCCUGCUCAUCACUGCCAUAGAGAGGACAAUCCUGCAGAAUGGCCAAGUGCGCACGACAGAUUAUCCAAACACUGAGAUUGACCCAUCAACGUACAAUUUCACCACAUACCCGCCUAAUGCCACGGAGAUUUCCUACAAGGGAAGAUGGGACUCGCAAUACGUCUCAUGGUGGAGUGCCCCAGGGAUCAAGUUCGGUUUCACGGGAGAGACCGUCGCCAUCUCCUUUGGCAACCAGACGUCCGACGGCGUGCUCGUUGCAUACCGCAUCAGCGGGCUCGAGUGGAUGUUCACCAACAUCACCGCCGGCGCAACCCAUCUCCUCGUCUCGCCGAGCGUCACAGGCGCCAACCUCACGUACCCGCUCACGCCCCAUACCCUCGAGGUACGCGUGACCAACUGGGCUUACGGCAUCCAGAUUGACGCUGUCCACGUCGCCGGUGGUGAGAGCAUCGUCGCGGUCCCGGACUACGGGCGGAGGGUCGAGUUUAUCGGGGACAGUCUCACGGCCGGCAUGUAUACCACCUAUGAGGGCCUGAGCGGCUUUGGGUACGGCAUCGGCGCAGGGCUGGGGGAGACGGAGUACACCGUGACCGCAUUCCCUGGUAUCUGCGUGACGGAUAUGGACUGCUUUGAUAACCCCAGGGGCCAGUCAGCCCAGUGGUUCUACACACAAGAUACAAGCGGGAGGGCGCAGGCCAUGCAUGGAGCGAACCUGUCGACCGAAGACCCGUGGGACUUUUCAGCGCACCCUGCAGCAGAUCUGGUUGUGAUCAAUAUCGGGACCAACGACAACUCUUACAAUAUCUCGGGCGACACUUACGCAGACAGCUUAACCAGGUUGAUCGAGGGCGUGCACGGUGUCUGGCCUAAUGCGCAGGUCAUGAUUAUGUCUCUCUGGAUAGGAUUCUACAACUACGGGAAUAACUACUACGACGAUACCUUCCUUGGUUACCCGCAAGAGAUCCAGGACGUGUACAACUACUUCAACAGUGAUGCCUACCUCUCCAACCCCAUUGUGUACAACGGCACUACCAACACUACAACUACACUGAACACGACCAGCCAGCCCUUCGUGCGCAUCUUCAACACCACGGGCAUCUUGCAAGAGAACGACAUUGGACCCGAAUAUCACCCAACUGAUGUUGGAGCCGUCAAGGUGGCGAGUCACGCUCUUCGGUAUAUCAACCUUAUUUACGAUUGGGACUUGCUGGCCAAUGGACCAGAGGUCCAACACGAUACGCUUUAUUGGAAUGAUGAGGGAAGUUACUGA